UAAAACUUAGAAGCCUCUCAGUUACACUCAGCUGAACUCACGUCUGCUAUCAACAUGUCCUACAGCUGCUGCUCUGGAAAUGUCUCCUCUCGCUCUUUUGGGGGCUACUUGCACUCCCUGGGCACCUCCUGUGGCUCUUCCUUCCCCAGAAACCUGGUCUACAGCACUAAUCUCUGCUCCCCCAGCACCUGCCAGCUGGGCUCCUCUCUCUAUAGUGGCUGUCAGGAGAUAUGCUGUGAGCCCAUUACCAGUUUCAAGACGUCCUAUGUGGUGUCCAGUCCCUGCCAGACAUCCUGCUACCACCCCAGGACCUCCUUGCGCUGCAGUCCCUACCAGACGACUUACUCUGGAUCUCUGGGCUUUGGAUCCAGCAGCUGCCGCUCCCUGGGCUAUGGAUCAAGGAGCUGUUACUCCCUGAGCUGUGGAUCCAGCAGCUUCAGACCCUUGGGUUAUGAAGGCUGCAGCUUCCCUUCUCUGAGCAGUGCAUCAGGAUGCUACCACCCAUCCUACCUGGCUUCUAGGAGCUGCCAGUCUUCUUGUUACAGACCAACCUGUGGAUCUCACUUCUAUCGAUUUACUUGCUAA